UUAGACAAAUCGGUAUAUCCACUGAGCAUCCUUGGGCAAAACGAUUUGAGAACAGAUUAUUUUUGGAAACACAAACGAAUCAGUGGCAUAUAAGCAAGGCAACAACACUAGUUUGCUACUGAUUAACUUGGACUUAGCAUUGUUAAAUGCACUUUCUUCAAGUUAAUCAUAUUGAUAUACUCACUUUCUUCAUUUUGGGUCCUGUUGGUGGACUCGUGUUUUUGAGUUUACUGGAAUAGCAGGAUGGAGAUUCCUUGUGGAACACUUGUCAAGAUUUUUUUUCCUCCAACAUUUUCUCAGCUUUAAGUCCACCAAUCACUCUUUCAUAGGUGAAGAUUCCACAUAUAUCAUCAACUGGAAAAGCAUCUUUAAUUCACUUUCUUUUAGACUUUGACACCCACCAAUCCUUGCAAAAGUAAGUUCAUCUUUGCUGACUCUUCUUCUAGUCCUCUUCAUAAGCUCUCUGGUCUUUAUACAGAUCAAUUCAAGACUAAAACAUCAUAUAUAUCAUGUUACCCUCUUCCUAGCUGCUUCAUUGAUCUGAUAUUUUCACCCAAUUCAGAGAAGAAGCUAUGGCUAUUGCUGAUACAAUUGAAGCUCCAACUAGGCUUGAGGGGAAGUAUGGUGCAAUCGUCGUAUGUUGGAUUCUUGGACUCGGCUCCCUUGUCUCCUGGAGCAGCAUGUUGACUAUAGAAGAUUACUAUUCUUUGGUGUUCCCGAAAAGAUUGUUCCUCUGGAUUUGAAGCGAUACCAUCCAGCGAGGAUGCUUACCCUUGUUUAUCAACCAUUUGCACUUGGAACAAUGGCAAUACUUGCAUAUAAUGAGUCAAAGAUCGAUACAAGGAAACGUAACUUGACCGGAUACAUCCUUUUCUUCAUAAGUACUUUGUCUCUCCUAGUUUUGGAUUUAGUCACAUCCGGGAAGGGCGGUACUGGAAAUUACAUUGGUGUAUGUGCCAUUGUGGCUGCCUUUGGAGUUGCAGAUGCUCAUGUUCAAGGAGGAAUGGUGGGAGACCUGUCCUUCAUGUGCCCUGAGUUCAUCCAAACUUUCCUAGCUGGCUUGGCUGCAUCAGGAGCUCUCACGUCUGCUUUGAGGUUAAUCACGAAAGCCGUCUUUGAAAAAUCUAGUAAUGGUCUGCGGAAGGGAGUUAUGUUGUUCCUUGCAAUCUCAACAUUCUUUGAGUUUCUAUGCAUAUUCUUAUACGCGUUCAUCUUCCCUAGACUACCAAUUGUGAAGUACUAUCGCACAAAAGCAGCCUCAGAAGGGUCGAAAACUGUUUCAUCAGACCUUGCUGCUGCUGGCAUCCAAACAGAAGCGGCAAGCCGAGAAGUUGAAGCUGAUGAUAAACAUCAACGACAGCGGUUGAGCAGCAAGCAACUGUUUUUUCAGAACACAGACUAUGCAUUGGACUUGUUUUUUAUAUAUGUCCUGACUUUGUCAAUCUUCCCCGGGUUCUUAUUCGAAAACACUAAAUCACAUCACCAGUUAGGGUCAUGGUAUACACUCGUUCUGGUAGCAAUGUACAAUGUAUGGGAUUUGAUAUCAAGAUACAUUCCCCUUGUGGAGAGACUCAAGCUAAAAUCGCGAAAAGGACUUUUGUUUGCAACUAUGUCUCGAGUCUUGUUUAUCCCUGCGUUCUACUUCACUGCAAAGUAUGGUGGUCAGGGAUGGAUGAUAAUGCUCAUAUCUUUCUUGGGACUAACAAAUGGUUAUCUAACUGUCUGUGUCCUUACAGAAGCUCCCAAAGGCUACAAGGGUCCAGAGCAAAAUGCCUUGGGUAAUUUGCUAGUGUUAUGUCUUCUAGGGGGCAUAUUUGCAGGAGUUUCUCUCGAUUGGUUGUGGCUUAUUGGCAGUAAUGAGCAGUUUUAGAGGACAAUUUCUUCGUAUUCCAACCUCUCAAAAUAAAAAUUGUGAAAUGUGAACUACAUGUAUCUUGAUCACUUGAUGAAGAAAGACAGUCUUGGAUAUGAAAUAGGGUCAUGAAAACACCAUAGACAAAUUAUAGUGUGAUUGUGUUCAUUUUAUUGUUAAACAAGUCCAUCCUUGACUGUGAAUUGUUCUUAAAAAAAAAAUUAAGUGUGAUACUUGUUUUCA